CGCACCGCUCCUGUCCGAGUUUGCUUUAGAAAGUGAAAUCUUAUUGGCUGGCGGUGCAGCGCUACGGCGUCAGGUGAUUCAGUGCCAGCCACUACUCUCGCUAUUCCUCGGAGUGGAUAAAUAACUCGCUGGUCUCUCAACCCGGAUGCUGAGCCAAAACUAUUGAUGAUUUUGCCCAGUGAGCAGCGCUGUGGGCAGAGCAAGGGGGCGGAAAUAUUCCAGUACCCUUGAAGCGGACAGCUGCCACCGGAUCUACACUCUGCUGACCACCGGGCUUCGCAUCCGAACCGGGACGGCAGGUGGAUCAUAAUUCAUACCAAACACAGGGGAGGGUGUGAUCGCCACACUGAAGGCAAACACGUCUCCUGCUCCUGCAAGAUCGUGACCACUUGCACGCCACUGAGGAGGUAGUGAAAGGGUGAGAAAGAGAGUGGAAGAAAGAGAAAGGGGGGAGGAGAGAGGAGCAUCACUACAGAGAGAGAGAUGGCGGAGUGCGGGCGGAAGGCGCUGUCUCUCCUGGAAGCGGCCCGCUCCCGGUACGAGAGCCUGCAGAUAUCCGACGACGUGUUCGGCGAGUCCGGGGACGACAGCAGCGACAAUCCCUUCUACAGCACCUCCGGAGACUCCGACUCUGAUAACUACAUAGCCGAGGUAGGUGAGGAGGAUCAGCAGCAGCAACAGCCACCGCAACAGCAGCACCACCACCAUCACCACCAGAAACGAGGCGAUAAGGAGAGUGGACACAGCGGGGGGACAGGAGGUGGCAGCGCAGCAGGACCCCCCGGCUCCCUAUCCCGUAGUCAGGCAGAGGAGGAGGGCUGGACGGAGACUCUGCAGGAUGUCACGGUCCCGCCGUACAAUGAUACAUACGGACCUGCUCAAAAGAUGCCAGCCACCGCUACAGCCUUGGACUUUUUCCAGCUCUUUGUCCCGGACAACUGCAUCCAAAACAUGGUCACUCAGACUAACAUGUAUGCCAAGAAGUUUCAGGAGCGGUUCGGCUCAGACGAAGGCUGGCGUCCCGUCACGGCCCAGGAAAUGAAAGCGUUCCUGGGCUUUGUCACCUCCACCAGUGUGCACCGCUGUGAGUCAGUGCUCAGCAUCUGGAGCUCGGGCUUUUUCAGCAACCAAAGCAUCGCCUUGAAGAUGAGUCAGUCGCGUUUUGAGAAGAUCCUCAAGUACUUCCACAUUGUGGCUUUCCGGCCAUCACAAGGAAGCAACCAGGGCCUUUACAAGAUCCAGCCCUUCCUGGACUCGCUGCAGCAGUCCUUCAGCUGCACUUUCAGACCAUCACAAACACAGGUUCUUCAUGAGCCCUUGAUAGAUGAGGACCCAGUGUUCAUCGCCACUUGUACAGAAAGAGAGCUGAGGAAGAGAAAGAAGAGGAAGUUCAGCCUCUGGGUCCGACAGUGCACCUCCACCGGUUUUAUCUGUCAGAUCGCAGUCCAUCUGAAAGAUGGCCAGGGUACAGAUGGUCUGGCCACCUUGAAGAACAAACCUCAGCUCCACAGCCUUGUGGCUAAGCAGCUCUGCCAGAACAUUUCCGGAAAAAACGCCAUCAUCUUCACUGGGCCAUCCAUCACGAGCCUCAGCCUCUUCACAGAAUUCAGCAAACAAGAUAUCUAUUGCUGUGGUUUGCUUAGCACCAGGAAGAGCGACUGUACAGGCUUACCGCAAAGCAUGCUGGUCUGUGGCUCCACGCCUGCUCAGCGUGGCCAGUCUCGCAUAAUGAUGAAAGGCAGCAUGUCGCUGAUCAGCUGGUACAACAAAGGACACUUCAGGUUCCUUGCCAAUGCCUAUUCCCCAACAAAAAAAGGGCUGAUCAUUAAGAGGAAAAGUGGGGAGAUCCCGUGUCCUUUGGCUGUUGAGGCCUUUGCGGCACACCUCAGCUACAUCUGCAAAUACGACGACAAGUAUAGCAAGUACUUCAUCUUCCACAAGCCUAACAAGACAUGGCAGCAGGUGUUCUGGUUGAGCAUCAGUAUUGCCAUCAACAACGCGUACAUCCUAUACAAGAUGUCUGACGCCUACACAGUCAAACGCUACAGUCGAGCGCAGUUUGGAGAGAGACUGGUCAGAGAGCUGCUUGAUCUAGACGACUGCUCCCCCACACAGUGAGGAAGAGGAGGAGGAGGUUGAUGAAGACAGAAGGAGCUCACAACAAA